AUGCACAUUCUCAAGGCACUAUCAACCGCAUACGAUGUGCUUAUGGGUAAGGUAUCGACCGGGGGAGGGGCCAGCGAUUCUUACUCGCACGCAAGUAUGAGCCAGACCAUGAAUAGAACUAUGAACUCUCCCAUGCACACUGGAAAGGGUACUGACACGCACACGCAGGCGAAUGCAGCCCCAAACAACUGUCCGAGUGCGCAGAUGGAUACCGAAUCAGUCGCCGCCAUAAAAGCACGCACGGACGCUAACUUUGAAGAGACUACGGGCACCAGAACGCAGUCGAGCAAGGACGGGGCAAAGGGCAAGUAUACGUCCAAUAAGGCGUCGUCUAACGGUGGGGCUGGGUUGAAAGUACUGGAGAGCGGGAGGUCUGCAACGGCUAAUACGCGCACUAAUGAGGUGGCCCAGUUACUCGCUGCGAGUGCGAAGUCAGACACGCGCGCCCAGGUGGCUGCGGAUAUAGUGGGACUGUGUGAUCGCACCACCCGAGGCGGUGGCACUAUGACACGUUCUACAGCGAACACAGAUGCAGAUACAAAGCAAGCCAUGACUGGUGUGUAUAGUCAUAUCGGGGCCGGUGCAAGCCAGCAGAGUGGGAAGGCUGCGGAUAAGCACGGGGGUUGUAGUGCGGCUGCGGAAGUAGGCAGUGCAUAUAUGGGCGCCAGUGUGGCCGGUGAUAGGAAGGGCUUGGGACGUUCGCCUAUGCGGUCGUUGAUAGUUCUGUUCUCGCACUCUGUGGCACAGUUAGAAUUGGCUCGAGUCGAAGAGAUGGAUAAGGAGCGCGUGCGGGCGCAACGGAUGGCGUUUGAAGCAGCUCAAUGUGUGUGUAAAUGUGUGUGUACAGUGUGUGUGGAUAGUGGGGAGGCUGCAAGCGGCUCCAAGUACGUGACGAAAGACUGUGGAGAUAGUGGCAGUGCCGACACUAUAAAUGGUAAUGAAGCGAAUAAGAAUGUAGGCACAGACACCGACACAGAGAAGCGUACACCACAGGAACCAUUUAAUAUGCUAAACAACGUGCUGCGACCUCGUAUACCAUCACGUAGUCAUGGUAACGGACGAGCGAGGGGUAGGUCAGAGACAGAUUUGACACAACUAAUCACUGGUCCGGUUAUGGCUGUACAUCGAGAUCUGCGAGUGCUCAUACUCGCUGAUGUGUACAUGCUUUUGCAGGGACUGUCGCCUCUAACGGGGGAAGCGGCCAGUGCAUCUCUGCAACUCCCUGAGUUCAGACCAGUGUCCAACAGAUUCUCUACCAUUACUAGUACGGCAUCGCGCCACGGAAUCAACGUGAGCUACGAACGACUGCUGCAAGACCUCGACCGCACCAUGGUACACAUAUUAGAGCCCCUUUGCCAGGCCGAUACGCUUUCCAACGACACGCAACCAGACGCACCCGCCAACAUCACAGGCAGAACAAAUGACCCUCCCCAUAGCAUACCACACACUCAUGCGCAUGCUAGUCGAAGUGUUUCGGCGAGAGAAGCAACUAUCGGUCCAUCGGACUUGUGCUUAGGAAAGGCAUCGUAUUGCCUGGGACUGUACUACUUCAAUCAGCAGGGGGCGUUGGAUGUCGCGCGCGAAUGGAUGCAGUUGAGUUUGAACACCUUCUACCCACACAGCGACGCAACAUGCGACGCGGCUCGGCUGCCAAAGGAGUUAUCGGUACCGUUGCGGGAUGAUUAUGAGGGUGGACUGGGCUACCAACACAACCACAACACCCAUGCAGCGACAUUAGCUGAGAACGAGAGAUACAGUGCGGGACUUACCACCACACGCACAGGCACAGACCCUCCCACGCCCACGCGGGCACGUACAAGACAGAAUGCGCAACACACCCGAGGCCUGGCAACCAAUCCGUCGAUCGGUAAGAAGCACACAAAGGGAAAGGGCGGCAAACUGUGGUCUGGGGCCAGCCCCCAGACCAGAAACGCUAUCAUGUGCAUCGCCGGAGGGUGUGAGAAAGACGCCGAAGUAGAUGCCCGCAGCGGUUGCCACGGUGACGAGGCUAAAGGUGCGGCUGAGUCUGGCGCGGAGACGAGCCUGCAUGUGGGCCUGAGCAACGCCGCCAAAGAAAGCACGCUCAAUAUCACGUGUGGGGAUGUGCGGAAAUCCGCGCGAUGUAGCGCUGAGAACCAGAUUGGGGAGUGUGCACACACAUCCGUAGGCGGAGAGCGUGGCGGUUGUCGUGCGUGCGCACCACUCACCACCGGCUUGCUGGUGGCGGUGCCUUAUCCCCAACUGGGCUACACGGCACUCAAGGCUCACGGGGAAACGCUGGUGGCGUUGGAGAGGCACACCGAAGCGUUGGAUGUCAUGUCGCUGGGCAGGGGUGUCCAUGCGGCGCUGUACUUUAGUGCGGGGGAUGUAGGGCUGAUGCGCAAUCUGGCGUGUUUGUAUUCGUAUCAGGCCGAUGAUUGCAACACGUCCUCGUCCCGCAAGUCCCUGUGGGUAGACCGAGCGGUCGAGUGCUAUACAAUGGUACUCACAGAGUGCGCCAAACGCCACCGCACAAACGAGACGGCCCAAUGUGUGCAUGAACUGGCACGCCUACAGUCACGUCACAUGCGACAUGAAGGGGAAGUGACUACGCUUAGCAACGGUCUACGGACUAUUGAUCGCCUCACACGGGCGCAGAAGCAGAAGCGCCAGACCCUGUCGACUACCCCGGUGAUAACGAUACCCAUACUCGAGCCAAGUGUUGGCUCACUCCCCACUGGCCCGGGCGGAUGCCAUGCCAUGCCCUGCAUCCACGAGAACAUGGAGGACACUACCCUUGCAAAUGUACACGCACCCUUGGCCUCGCCUUCUACGCUAUCUACAGACGCGGCGAAUGGGCGUAGACACAGUGUAGGCGUGUGCUCAGGACCAACUGCUGACCAUUCGACGUGUACGGCAGCUACCAGUGGCUUUGACUCGGGGUUCUUCGGUUCCCCACGCACUCAAUGCAAUGUGCCGAGCCCUUCUCCUGCACUGGCGUGGGGAUGGUUGACGGUGGGUGCCAGUGCCAUCUCUGUUAAACUCUGUGUGGAGUUGGCAGAGGCGAUGAUGGCGCAAGGUAGCUACGAAACCGCCGCUGUGUGCCUAGAAACACUGCUGAAUGGCUCCAGCAGUGCGUGUGCCAGUACCACGAGAAGUACCAGGGCUUCUCUACAGCCCAGCACCAGCAAGUCAAGUGUAUCCGGAUUCAGUAUGGGGGGAUUAAACAUAGGUCUGAGUACCGUAAGUACCACCAACAGCUCGCAUGCGCACUCCAAUACAAGUGCCAGCCCAGGUGUGGGUGCCAAUGGUGGACAGAUGGCGGGGAGCAAUGGAAGCGCUGGAGUCAAGAGCGUGGCCAUGAGCUACCUUUCACCAACGUCAAGAGCCAAGGUCAAGCACACUCUUGCCUUGUGCUUCAUGCGUAAGCGAUGGCUACGCGAGGCCAUGUCACUCCUUCUCAUCGGCUCUCAAGACGUCUACCGCCACAGCAACUGCACACAGUGCCUUGUCGGUGAACGCCCUAAACCAAUGCCACGCACCGUUCAAUCGCAGCGUUGGAUGAAGUCGCAGUCACUGCUAGUCAAGGUGUUCAUGCUGGCGGGCGAGUGGGGACGGGCUGUGGCCACGUGCGACGCGCUGUUGAGUGUGUGCGGUGCCGCGGGUGGGAUGAAUGCGGUGCGUAUGAAGAUACUGAAGCGAAAGGGGACGGCCCUGCGCAAAUGGGCCUUGACGAGCGGUGGUGGUGGGUGUAUGGGUCUAGCAGACACCAGAGUAACCGACCUCUACGACCACCUGAGCGUUCAAGAGAUGCUCGCAGUGAGUGCCGAGAGCCUGCGCACAGCAAUGGAGCUGUACGUUGCAGCUGGCGAUGAGGUUAGAGCGGCCAAAUGUGUGCAAGCACUGACCCGCACCACUCUGGAGAUGAUCUUUGUACCGGUGGUAGUACAGGGCUGUGCGGCCGAGACAGUCCUCGCCAUGUGCGGCAAUGGCUCGAUAAGCAGUAAUCUGCAGACCAUUCGCAACGACGCCGAAUGGGCCCUAUCGGAACUACUACGACUGACGGCGCAUCCCAUUCAUUUGAUUGGUGCACAGCUCAGCCUUGCAGAGUACUGGGUGAUCCAUGCGCAUACCAUGCGACAGGCGAAGACUCUGGAACAGGAUAUGAGUCGGUAUGUAGAGGCCGUCGCAGACGCACAGAAUCGAACACUAGUGUACUGGAACGAGUGCAAAGACUUGCUGGUAGCGUUGGUGGUCACAAACAAAGGGCUGGUGCCGUGGGACACACGCGCGGAUAAUCGUUCAGCGGAGAAGGUGUGCGUACUGGCAGGUGGCGUGUCAGGCUAG